AUGUCUACCCACUCCCAGUCGUCCGCGAACGUCGUCGGCGUACAUUAUCGCGUCGGCAAGAAGAUCGGCGAGGGCUCUUUCGGCGUCAUCUUUGAGGGUGUCAACUUGUUAAACCAGCAGCCCGUGGCCAUCAAGUUUGAACCGCGGAAGGCAGAAGCACCACAACUCCGAGACGAGUGUCGUUCGUAUCGUAUUCUUGCGGGAUGUGCCGGUAUACCCCAAAUAUACCACUUCGGACAGGAAGGGCUUCAUAAUAUUCUUGUCAUCGAUCUACUCGGACCGUCUCUCGAGGAUCUAUUUGAUAUGUGCGGCCGCAAGUUCUCCGUCAAGACCGUCUGUAUGGCCGCACGGCAGAUGCUCUCACGCGUGCAAACCAUCCACGAGAAGAACCUCAUCUACCGUGAUAUCAAGCCAGACAACUUCCUCCUCGGUAGACCUGGCACGAAGAACGCGAAUGUUGUCCACGUCGUCGACUUUGGUAUGGCAAAGCAAUACCGGGAUCCCAAGACGAAGCAACACAUACCCUACCGCGAGCGCAAGAGCUUGAGUGGUACCGCACGAUACAUGUCCAUCAAUACCCAUCUUGGCCGAGAACAGUCAAGACGAGACGAUCUGGAGUCGCUCGGCCACGUCUUCAUGUACUUCCUGCGAGGGAGCUUACCAUGGCAAGGCCUUAAAGCCGCUACCAACAAGCAGAAGUAUGAGAAGAUCGGCGAGAAGAAGCAGACGACCCCAAUCAAGGAGCUGUGCGACGGCUUCCCUGAGGAAUUCAGCAUCUAUUUGAAUUACGUGCGCAAGCUCGGCUUCGAGGAGACGCCCGACUACGACUUCCUCCGGGAGCUCUUUGCGAAAGUGUUGAAGAACAGUGGUGACAUCGAGGAUCAUGUCUACGACUGGAACCUGUUGAACAACGGUCGUGGAUGGGACUCCUCAUCACAGAUGCCCGCACAACCAAGCGCUGUCGCAUCACCGCGCAAGGAUGUUCAGAGACACGAGUCGGAGAGGCGACGGCUGCAGGCGCCGCACACACCAGGCGGUGGUGCAACACCGCUGUCGGCCGCUGCGCACGUCAACGUGCCGGUAUCAGCGGGCGGCAGGAAUGGGCAUCCGUACGCGACGGGCGGUUACGACUCGGGAGUAUACCGCAGCAACGGUGCUGUACCGAGUGACGGUGCACCGAGCGCAGCGUAUGGGCGUGCAUCACCCAUGGUUGCCAGUGCGGCGCCGCCUGCUGUCAGCCAUGCGCACGCGCGCGGGCAGGACAUCGGGCAGGACAUGGACCACCCACCAAGCGGUGGUUUCUGGGCAUGCUGCCGAUGCGGAUAG